AUGAGUAAAGAAUAUAUAUGUCAGGAACCUUAAUGUAAUUUAUAAAUCUUGCAUGGGAAUCACACAUGUUUUAAAAUUGAAGAGUUAGGAUCCUAUUACAAUCAAUUAUUCAAUUAAAAUAUUAUUUUGGAUGAUAACUUCUUUUUAACACAAAUUUAAAUCCUUAAGGAAACUCUUGAUAAAAUUAAAACUUUUUAUUAAACCAAACUUCUUAUUCAUUAAGAAUAAUAUGCUUUAUUAUUUAAUGAAUAUCAAAAAUAAAGUCCAAAUUGGAAAUUAUUAGCAUAAAAUGUAGAGAUUGGGUAAAAUGGAUUCAAAUUAAAGAUUGAUUCUGCAGAAAUCCUUAUUAAGAUUGGAGAUUUAUUAAAAUUAUGUUAAAAUAUUUACAAUUAAAAUAAAACUACUUAGAGACUUGAUUCUAAACUUAAGAUUAAAAUAAAUACUCCAACUGAAUCUUAAACAGUUGAAGAAGAAAUUUAAUUUGUUGAAAUUAGAGCUAAAUAAUAAGAAAUUAUUUCUGUAGGAAAUGAAUCAGAAAAAAAAAUUAUUUUACUCUAAUAUAUAGAACCUGAUUCAUGUCUUAUUUUAUUUGAAAACAAUUCCUUAGCUAAUUAUAAUUUAUCAUCAAAAUGUCUUAGAUAAAAGAUUAUAAAUUGCUAAAAAUUUUAUUAUUUUGAAAAUAAGUUAGGUGUCUAGUACAAUAAUAUAUUAUAACUCUAUAAUUUUGAUUAAAAAAAGAAGAUAUUUAAUCUAAUAGAAGAAUUUUAAGUCAAAGAAGUAAUUUGGUUCUAAUUGAGAGGAUAAGAUAUAAUUUAUUAAAAGGAAAAUCUCUAUUUUUAUAAAAGCCUUCUCUAAAACAAUUAUUCAGAAAUAGAAUUAUUGUAAUAGAAUUCAAAUUUUCCAACCAUUAAUUACUUAUUAGGAAAUAAAUUAGCUUUAUUUAUUAAUCGAUCAUUCAAAGUUUAUGAUCUCUAAUUUUUACAAUAAAUUGAAUGGGAAUUAAAAAUAAAUGAUAAUAUAUAAGAAAUUAAAUAAAAUAGCAAAAACUAUUUAGUCUUGAUUGGUUAUAUUAAAUUUUAUAUGAUUUCAAUGAUUAAAUAAUAAAUAGUAAGAAUAUUCAAUUUUGAAGAAUAAAAUAGUUUAAUAAUUCCAAGUCCUUCGAUUCCAUAUUUGUUUUUGAUAUCAAACAGAGGAAGUAUUUAUGAAUCAAAAACCUAUUUUCACAACACAAAAUAAUAAUUAUUUAAUAUUACUAGUUAAUAUCCUACUGCCAUAUUUAUGGAUAAUUAAGCAAUUUUAAUAGGUGAUGAUUUAGGAUUUAUAUAAAAAUUUAAAUGUUCUUUGGGAGAAUGA